CCGUCUUAUUCCGCGACCGCCCCGCUCGAUAUUUGCCAAGGUCACUGAGAGACCACAAACUUGCCCGCCGCCGCCGACGACCCGGCGCCGCGUAGCUUAGUCACAGAUUCAACCAUGAGCUCCUCCGCCGGCGUCUCCGAGCUCAUGGACGCGGAAAAGAAGGCCUCGACCGUCGUCGCCGAGGCGCGCGCCGCGCGGUCCGACCGCCUCAAGGCCGCCAAGGCCGAGGCCGGCGCGGCCGUCGACGACCUGCGCGCCGCCCGCGAGUCCGAGCACGCGCUCACGACGUCGUCCGACAGCGACGCGAAGGAGGCGCAGGCCAUCGCCGCGACGGCCGACGGCGAGAUCCAUCGCGGUCGAGAAGUGCGCCGAGGACGUGAAGGGCCAGACGUGCUUCAUCUGCACCCAGGCAUUGCAUUGGAAGACGAAGGAGGGCCUCGUGCGCGGAUGUUCGUGCCGCGGGACGGCUGGUUUCGUCCACGUGUCGUGCUUGGCGGAGCAGGCGAAGAUUUUGGUCGCGGAGGCCGAGGAGAACAAUUUGGGUGUCAAGGCGUUUAAUCAGAGGUGGAAUCGGUGGGCCAUUUGUGGUCUGUGUGAGCAACGGUACCACGGCGUCGUAAUGAACGCACUCGGGUGGGCGUGCUGGAAGAUGUACGUGGGCCGGCCGGAGGACCACGGGAGACGGUGCGCAAAUCAAAUUUCACGGCGCCUCCACGCCAUCGAGGCGACGUCUAUUCGAUGGCGUUUUGCGCACAGGCCGGCGAAUGCGGCGGCGCCGAUUCUUGCGCGGGAGCGUUGCUGGCUGUUUCGGAUGUCCUCGGCGACGUCGCGGUGGAGCGUUUAAACCCGUGGACCUUCCCGGCGGCGGGCGAGCUACGAUGCUUGCUGCACGGUGCAGGAUUCCGGGACGUCGUCGUGACUUCGUCCCCUCGCCCGGUGCAAUGCACUGCUGUGGAAUGGUAUAGAACGUUCGGGAAAGUGUUCUUGGAAUCGGUUCCCGUCGCAGACCGCGCCGCGUUCCUCGACGACUACCGCACCGCGUGUGCCCACCGCCUCGGCGGGGAGAACCGCCUCGACUUCGUCCGCCUGCGCUGGCGCGCCGUCCGUCGCGACGACCGCUCAAGAUAG